AUGCCUGGCUUGCCAGUUGCCACCACUCCAGCCCAGCUCCAUACCUCUUACGCGCAUACAGCGAGCAUCACUCGAUAUACGUAUUUCUCAAAAAGAAAAAGAAAAACUCGAUGUAGGUGUACGUAUAACUUGCGAAGCUGCCCAGAUUGGAUCCGAAUCUGUCUCGGCCGCUACGUGAUUCACGUAGCCGUAGCAGUGUAUCGUGCAGGUUCCGGAUCUUGUCAGACCUGUACAUGUUUUUUCAGACACUUCUAUAAGUUACUAUUACAAAUAUAUAUAAGCUCGGAGAAUAUGCCACAUUGGAUUCUCCUAACAAAAAAAAAAUCAACUCCCCCAGCUACUUCCCCAAAGUGUCACUGUCCAGUGGGUCCACCCUCGAUCCCCUUUAUAGCGCCACGCCUUAUCGUUCCCAGUCGCUUACUUCCGGAUCGAAAGUCGCCGGCCAUGAAGCUCUCCUGCCUUCUCCUCGUCUCCUUCUUUGCCGCGGCGUACGCGUCGUCGGAGAGAGCGAUCGCGGUCGCGGGCGCCGGCGGCCUCUUAUCGGACCCGGAGCAGCAGUGCGUGUACACGGUGUACGUGCGGACGGGCUCGAUCUGGAAGGGCGGGACGGACUCGGCGAUCGGCGUGACCCUGCUGGGCUCGGACGGCACGGGCGUCCGGAUCGCCGACCUGGAGCAGUGGGGCGGGAUGAUGGGCGCCGGCCACGACUACUACGAGCGCGGCAACCUCGACAUCUUCAGCGGCCGCGGGCCCUGCAUGGAGCGCGCGCCGUGCUGGGCGAACGUCACCUCCGAUGGCGCCGGCGCGCACCACGGCUGGUACUGCAACUACGUCGAGGUCACGGCCACGGGGCCCCACAUGGGCUGCGCGCAGCAGCUCUUCACCGUCGAGCAGUGGCUCGCUACCGACGCCUCGCCCUACCGCCUCUACGCCGCCGUCGACAACUGCGGCGACAAGCAGGCAGCUGCCAAGGGCCACGAGGCCAGGGCCGCCGCUCUGUGA